UGCCGUGGGGGUGCUCUGCGGCUGGGCGCUGGCGGGGCCCACUCCUGAGCGCGCCGCCGCGGGAGGAACCCGGGUCCCGGGCCGAGGCUGCCCGGGGAAUGUUUUCAGUCGGUACCGACAUGGCUGCGGCCUUGAGAUCUGCCGGCGCCCUGCUCCGCGAUCGGCUGGUGCAAAGCAGCUCAAGGGCCCGUCAGCCAUGGAGGUGCCAGUUGAAUAUGGCCACAGCAGCAGCCGCCACAGAAACAGCCCAACCUGCCAGAAGCCCACAACCGCAAGUUCAACCAGGGAAGAGAAAGCCGAAAACUGGAAUAUUAAUGCUAAACAUGGGAGGCCCUGAAACCCUUGGAGAAGUUCAUGACUUCCUUCUGAGGCUCUUCUUGGACCGAGACCUCAUGACACUUCCUAUUCAAAAUAAGCUGGCACCAAUCAUCGCCAAACGCCGAACCCCCAAAAUUCAGGAGCAGUACCGCAGAAUCGGAGGCGGAUCCCCCAUCAAGAUGUGGACUUCCAAGCAAGGAGAAGGCAUGGUGAAGCUGCUAGAUGAGUUGUCCCCGCACACAGCCCCUCACAAAUACUAUAUUGGAUUCCGGUAUGUCCAUCCUUUAACAGAAGAAGCAAUUGAAGAGAUGGAGAGAGAUGGGCUUGAAAGGGCUAUUGCUUUCACACAGUAUCCACAGUACAGCUGCUCUACCACAGGCAGCAGCUUAAAUGCCAUUUACAGAUACUAUAAUGAAGUGGGAAAGAAGCCUACGAUGAAGUGGAGCACUAUUGACAGGUGGCCCACACAUCCCCUUCUCAUUCAGUGCUUUGCAGACCACAUUCUGAAAGAACUGGACCGUUUUCCACUUGAGAAGAGAAGCGAGGUGGUCAUUCUUUUUUCUGCUCACUCACUGCCAAUGUCUGUGGUCAACAGAGGGGAUCCCUAUCCUCAGGAGGUGGGUGCCACUGUCCAGAGAGUCAUGGAUAAGCUGGGUUACUCCAACCCCUACCGACUGGUUUGGCAGUCCAAGGUUGGUCCGAUGCGCUGGCUAGGUCCUCAAACAGACGAGACUAUCAAAGGGCUUUGUGAGAGGGGGAGGAAGAAUAUUCUUUUGGUUCCAAUUGCUUUUACCAGCGAUCACAUUGAAACACUGUAUGAACUGGAUAUCGAGUACUCGCAAGUUCUAGCCAAAGAGUGUGGAGUUGAAAACAUCAGAAGAGCAGAGUCUCUUAAUGGAAAUCCAUUGUUCUCUAAGGCCCUGGCAGAUUUGGUACACUCGCACAUCCAGUCCAACGAGCUGUGCUCCAAGCAGUUGACUCUGAGCUGUCCGCUCUGCAUAAAUCCUGUCUGCAGGCAGACUAAAUCCUUCUUCACCAGCCAGCAGCUGUGACCCCGCAGAGGACCCGUGGGAUUAGGCAAAUGCUGGACCUCCAGAUACCUCCAAUGCAGAGGAGGACGUAUUUAGAGACCAAGGAGGGAAGUGAUAUUAGUGUAUGUACGGCCUUUGGACACAAAUUAUGUGAUUUCUUGAGGAACAGACUCUGACAUCCUUAUUGAGGGUUUUCUGUUUUUAUAUACCAAAACAGUAAGCAUUAUAUCCCUCACUCUGGGUGAAGUGACUAGCUUGGAAUGUCCACUAGGCUAUUUAAAAAAUGAGUUUUAAAAAUUUAUCUUAUGAAAUACGUAUUUUAAAUAUAGAUUUUGGUUUUAUUGCACAGAAAACCUCCUGCAAGGGUACAGAGAGUCCCCUCUCUGGGCUGACUGUGAAUGAGAUCUGUUUACAGUCUCAUACCUUUAGUUGUUUUUUUAC